AAAGAACGGAGCUCACUCUAGCUUCAGCAGGCGGAAGAGUGCCGGUGUGGAUGUGACAGGAAAAGUGGGCUCUCUGCCGCCGCCAGGGAUGUGCUAUAGAGAGCAGCAGUUACACUUGUAAAUAUAGCCAGCUCCAUUGUCUCUCCGGCCAUGACGCCCGUCUUCUCACGACUUUAAUAAAACCCCGAAAUUAAGCCCUAAAAAAAAAAAAAUCGCAACGGUGUUGCCGACAAAAAUAAUCAGGCCUUUGAGAAAAGUCGCUGGGAAAGUUCCUGAGUUGUGUCCGCAGCCUCCAUGCAUACGCACUACCCCCGGAUCAACAUGAAGCCUGAGAUCAUCGCGGCGGUGGCCUUUAUCUCCAAGUUCCUGAGGACCAAGGGGCUGAUGAACGAUCGGGAACUGCAGACUUUCAACCAGUCCUUACAGGAGCUCCUGGCAGACCAUUACAGACACCACUGGUUUCCAGAGAAGCCCUCCAAAGGCUCUGCUUACCGCUGUAUUCGGAUUAACCACAAAAUGGAUCCCUUGAUUGGAGAAGCCGCAGACCGUAUUGGACUGAGGAGCCAAGACAUGUUCAAACUCCUGCCACGCGAACUCACCUUGUGGAUAGAUCCCUUUGAAGUGUCUUACCGCAUCGGGGAGGAUGGGUCUAUAUGCGUCUUAUACGAAGCCGUACCAUCAGGGGGCAGUAGCCAAAAUAGCAGCUCGUCCCUUGUGGAGAGCAGAAUCAGCUGCAAAGAUGAACUCCUCAUCGGGCGAACAAGCCCCUCCAAAGCCUACAACAUGAUGACUGUGUCUGGUUAAGAUAUGGUCGGGGGCUGUAUCAUCUUGUAACAGAUGGAGUAAUAUUGUCUUUAAUUUGGGAGGGCUCCUAUGGGGAUGGAUUGUGAAGUGUCAAAUCACACAACUGUGAAGAUCGGGCACAAAAUAGAAGUAGACCUUACUGAUGUGAAAGUGCCAUGGUUUUGACAGUACCUUUCUGGUCAAUUAAUAGCCUGUAUCUAUAAGGUAGUGCUAUCUCUCUGGACGUUGGGCCUAGUGAUUCUACUUUAGUAGGGUAGGUAGGUACACCCUGUGUGGAGCGUUUAUCUCUAAGAUCAGUGACCUCUAGAUCCAGUCACAGCCACCGCUUCUGCACACAUCCUGACACAAGGUGUACAUAACCCUUCAUCUGUGAACCCAAAGCUCAGAGUAUUUGUAAGAUUUUUAUUUUUCUCUCUGCGGUUUCCUGCAGACUAUAACUUGCACUAAUGUUUUUAAUGUUACGAUCUCUGGCAGCUCGGUGGCAAGGCGAGGAGUUGAGAAUAUGACACUUACUGGAGGCAGACGUAUCUUGCACUGAAAAUCGUUGUACAGUCUAUAGAGCUGGGGGGGGGGUACUCCUAGUCUGCCUAGAUGUAUAUACUUGAGGAUCCUUUUCUAUUGCGACGUGAAAGUAUUGAACCUACGGCUUUCUGCCUUGAGCCCAGGCUUUAAAGGUCCUUCCUAAAGACACUGUCUGAACUAUGGCCUUCUCACCAGCCAGCUUCUCUGUACAUUUCUUAGCUUGUAGUUUUCUAAGACGAAGUAAACUUCUUAUUUUUAGAAAAGUGGAGUUCUGCUUUGUAAUUUCUUGUACUUAAUUGGGUAAAACAAGUCUUUUUUUGUUUUUGUUUUUUUUUCCACAAACCACCAUCUAUUUUGUGAACUUUGUUAGUCUUUUAUUUGAUAAAUUAUGAACUGCUGUAAAUUUGUACAGUUCAUGUAUAUUGAUUGUGACAAAAGAUGUACAGAUUUCUAUUUUAAAUGAGAGAGUUUUCUUCUCUAUAAUAAAUGGUUUCUUAUCUUGGCAUUUUAAA